CAAUUUCCUAAUCAAUUUUUAAUCUAACAGGCCAGCUGAUCCGUAGCCAGGACAAGUCUUUCACCAAAACUACAACGAAAGUGCCGAGCAUUUUCCCUAUUCAAAACAUUUUCUGAUAUUUUUCUCGUCUAGUCUCCUUUCAACUCCAGCUCUCUGUUUUCUUAAUGAUUUUCCAAAACUAACAACAAACAUCAAUGGUGAAUAUAUCCCUUCCAUUAAUAUAAAUAAAAUAACCAAACGUCACUGUUUCCGUCACAAGUUGCGGGCGGCAGGAAAAAAAAGUAGUAGCUAAUUCUUAGACAAAGCUUGAAGAAGAAGAACCUGUCUGCAUUUCCUUCCAACUUUCUCUUUGGAACAGCCUCUUCUGCUUACCAGUAUGAAGGUGGGUACUUGGCUGAUGGUAAAGGGUUAAACAAUUGGGAUGUUUAUUCUCAUAAACCAGGAAAUAAUAUUGUUGAUGGAAGCAAUGGGGACAUAGCAGUGGACUAUUAUCAUAGGUAUUUGGAAGACAUUGAUCUCAUGCAUUCCCUUGGUGUCAAUAGCUAUAGGUUCUCCAUUUCUUGGGCCAGAAUUUUACCAAAAGGGAGAUUUGGUGAAAUCAAUGAAGCUGGUAUCAAGUUCUACAAUAACGUAAUUGAUGGUCUCCUACUUAAAGGGAUUGAACCAUUUAUAACAUUGACCCACAUCGAUUUUCCUCAAGAACUCGAAGACCGAUAUGGAAGUUGGCUAAGUCCGGAGUCGCAGGAAGAUUUUGCAUAUUAUGCAGAUAUUUGUUUUAAGUCCUUUGGAGACAGGGUAAAGUAUUGGGUCACCUUCAACCAGCCUGAUUCCCAAGUCAAAUUCGGUUACCUUACGGGUACAUUCCCACCAUCACAUUGUUCCAAGCCAUUCGGCAAUUGUACCUACGGUGAUUCGGAGAAGGAACCUUUUAUAGCAUCCCACAAUAUCAUCCUAGCACAUAUUGCAGCUGUUCAUGUUUAUAGAACCAAAUACCAGGAAACACAAGGUGGUAGCAUUGGAAUUGUCUUGAAUGGCGCUUGGUAUGAACCGAUCAGCAACUCUUUGGUUGACAAACUAGCAGCUGAACGAGCUCGAUCCUUCACUAUCAAUUGGUUCCUAGAGCCAAUCUUAUACGGAAGAUAUCCUCGUCAAAUGAAAAACAUUCUUGGAUCCAUUUUACCCGAAUUUUCAGCAACCGAGAAGCAGAAGCUGAAACAAGGGCUCGAUUUCAUCGGAAUCAAUCACUACACAAGUUACUACGUCCAGGAUUGCAUGUUCUCUGCGUGUGAACCAGGACCAGGAACCUCGAAAAUGGAAGGGUAUUGCGCACAAAGCUCACAGAAAAACGGCACACCUAUAGGAGAACCUACCGAGUUAGCCGGGAAGAAUGUUUAUCCCGAAGGAAUAGAGAAGAUUGUAACUUAUCUUAAGAACAGAUACCAUAACAUACCGAUAAUCAUUACUGAAAAUGGAUAUGGUGAUAUGAACAAACCAAAUUCCACCACUGAAGCACGUCUACACGAUGAAAAAAGAGUCGAGUAUUUUGCCAGAUACUUAGAUGCACUGUCAACAGCAAUCAGGAAAGGAGUAGAUGUAAGGGGUUACUUUAUAUGGUCAUUGCUUGAUAACUUCGAGUGGAACAACGGAUAUACGGUUCGAUAUGGACUUCACCAUGUCGAUUACGAGACGCUAAAGAGAACUCCGAAAUCUUCUGCAACUUGGUACAAAAAUUUCAUAUCACAGCACAUGGUAAAAGAACCAAAAGUAGAACAUUCUUAGAAUCCCCCUUUACUAAAUCUUAUCUGUAAUACUAUUUUGAGUACACAAGACUGUAUAUAGGGUCAUUUGUGAUAAAACCAGGGGUUAAAUGGAUCCUUUAUGGUUUUUGCAUUAUGCUGUAUUUUUUGAAAUUACGCUAUUAGUCCCUGUACUUUAAUUUGGUAUAUUUAGUCUAUAUUUUUUAAAAUUUAAAA